AUAGAUCAUGAUCAUGUAGGGAUAAUGUGGCGAAGAUGGCCAUGCCCAUAUUAAGCACUUUUUACAUGAUAAUUUUAUAGCACGCAUGGCGCAUGGAGUAGCAUGGAGUGCAUGGAGCGCAGAGCUUUAAGGGGCGCAAGAGGCUCCCCCUUUAGCUCCAUGCUACUCCAUGAGAUCCAUGCACUCCAUGCCAUGCGAGCUUUGAAACCUUAUAAAUUGCCCUGUAGUAGAUAUUAUACUUAAGAAGAAAAAUACUCGGAACUUGUUGUUGAUGUUGAUCAUAAGAGGACGCUGUUGAUGUUGAUCAUAGAUAAGAGGACAACAAGGUUUCAGAAGUAUAAUACCUCCGACUACAACUGACAAUUUAGUAAAUGUAUAGCUAAGACGUGGUUAGAUGGAAAUAGAAAUUAUGGAGUUCUUAAGGGUUUUCACAUUGCAUUCCUCACUACCAUCCUUACCUUGUUUUCCAGUAGGAAAGAAGUCAAGGAUGUUCGGAGGACUGCAAUGUCGCAACUUUUAAUGGAAGAAGUUGCCAGAGUUAAGGCUCAACUUGCAUCAAGAAGAGCCAGGAAGGUAACUUGCCUAGGCACCUUGCGAAUUCAGAUUAUCAUGAGGAGGAUCAGAAACCAACGAGGAGAGAGAAACCUAGAGUACUUAGAUGUGUUGUAUAAUUGUACUCGUGUUACGUCGUCCCUGCCUAGUACUACAUACAGAAAUAAUAAAAAGAGAGCAAACGGACCCUCAACCUUCAUCCACCUUAUUAAGCCAGUCAAUCUAGUAGGUAAGGGCGAUGACGAGGUAAGUACUUAUCGGCUAGGAACGUUCCUUCUGCAACAUGUUCAUGUUAAUAUGUUUAAUAUAGUCCGAACAAUUCCAUGUGGGCGUGGAGGUUCAGACAUGAGAGCUCUCGUCGAAACUUCUCCACUCUAGAAUGUACUCAACUAUUGUAAAAAAUAAUUUGAAUAAAAGAGUGUCUAAUUUAAGGAAUAUACUUAUACCACGACACUGAAAAUAGUACGAAAUAUAGAGGAAAAUAUUGUCAAAACCCUGUAUGAUGAAUCUUCUUGUUCUUGGUAAACAUAAAUUAAUACAUAAGACGCGAUGAUGAUGAACAUUUGCAACUUCGAUAUAAUUAGAGCGUGAUCCAUCAAUCUAUGAAACAGGAAAAUAGGAAUCUUCCUUCACGACAACAACUGUUAUUGAUCAACACGAAGUUUUUAGAUGAGACCACAAUCUGCGAUCUCUUGCCUGCUGCAGGGAGUCGUGUCAUUCCAUUAGUUGUGAUUAAGAUUUUUA